AAGAACAUUCUUUGUUCAGAAGAGGUUCUGUCCAUCAUGUAAUUAUCUAUUUAUUUCUGCUUUGCUUACUAAUAUGUUUUGCUGCCGAACAAACACAUGUCCAUAUCUGCUCGAGAUUUAGGGGUCUGUUCUCUAAAUGCCAACUUUGAUCUUUUUCAUUCUGCUUUUUUCUUUUCACUUCUGAGGUUCGGUUUAUUCUGAGUCAAAUAGGUCCCUUCUAUUUUUAGCAAACCUUAAUGGCAGCAGUGAGAUUUGUAUGAAAAUGGCUUCAGCUGAAUUAAACCAAAUUGUAUUUGGAUGAUAACCAAUUGGCAGCCAGUCUCUGCUGCAAGCAAUGAAAAGAACGUGUCCCAAUGAAAAGAGUAGGGUUGGGGUACAAUAUUGAUUCACUCACUGGUGCACAGCGGGAGGAUCUCUUAGGAGCAAGGGAGGACAUGCACAGAUGGGCACCACAUACACACAAAUGGCUGAGACGACUGAAGCAGUUUAUGAUUUUAUUUUUUAAGUUACUUUAUCCUUUUAUUCUGUACUUUUUAUACAAACUGGCAGUCCAGCGUGCAUCACCUUGUUUGCUGUCUAAGCUAGCUAUAUUGUUAACCGACAUGCCCUGUGCUUUCUUAUUGUACCUGUAUUACUUGUACCGUGACUUAUGACUGCUCAAAAGUAAAGAAUAAAAAAAAAAAAACACAAAGUCAUUAUAUUUUAACUUGCAUAUAUUGAUGGCCAAGACUGGGCAUAGUAUGUAAAUUAGUUAACUCUUGCAUUGCUAUGCAUGCGUGUGUGUGACUGCAAAAGUGAAUUCCAGGGCAUUAUAAAUGUGCGCCUAAGGGGCGGGGUCUGACAGCCGACCGAUUGAUUGCAUGUGGCUGCAGCAUCUCAAGAAAAGCCUUUUACUUUGUAAAGCCAGAAACUCGACUAAUAAAGUGCAAUAUUGGCACAAAUCUUACUUAACUUCUGCAGGACCACUAUGCCGAUUGUCUGAUUUCUGCGGACAUAGAUCAUGAUAAGCAUUUCUACUGCCUGCUGAUGUACUGUAUGCAGGGGAGGUGGCUGAUUCUCUACCCUGGUGAAACUAAACUCUCUUGCCUGAGCACUGUCCAUCCCCCCUUUUGGACAGGCUGAGGAUAUCCUAGUCCCCAAUGGUGUGCUGUGGUGGCCUCUUUGGCUAAGCACCGAAGUCACAAGUGGCAUGGGGGGUUGAGGCCUACCUUUUAAGAUGGCCACCACGCUUUGGCCUGCUGCUUCUAGGUUCUUCUCCUAGCACCCCUCCCCUGUGGAACCUGUGGUUCUGGGAGACUUUGUGCAACCACAUGCUUCCUCGACUCCCUACUGGCCAGGCAAAGGCCUCACAGAUCCCGGCUGAUCAUCAGCGUAUUGAGACGAGGCCUUGGUCAUGCAUUUCCUACAUGGCAUUGCAAAGAAGGAUGUGCAGGUCGAAGCCUCGUGUCUGGCCCCACACCCGUCUCCUUGGCUGACAUCUUCAGAAUUUAUAAUCUCAGCCAAUCACAAUGAUUUCCUAUAGGAAAUGAUCUAUGCCCGCAGAAAUCAGUCAGACAAUCGGCAUAGUGGUCCUGCAGAAGUUAAGUAAGAUUUGUGCCAAUAUUGCACUUUAUUAGUCGAGUUCCUAUAGGAAAGCAUUGGAUUGGCUGAUAUUGUCAAUUCUGAUGAUCUCAGCCAAGGAGGCCGGAGUGGAGCCACACGUUGCACUAGCCAAUCAGCAUCUCCUCAUAGAUAUGCAUUGAAUCAUGGAGAAGCUGAACUUCUAUGCUGCACUACUGUGCAACACUGACACAGGAAGCACCUCCAGUGGUCGUCUGUAUGAACCAGGAGAUUUACAAGUCACAGCACUGGAGUCUGGACAUGUUCAGAACUUAGAGAGCAUCUUAUUGAAAUGUGUGGCAGCUGAGGCCCAGUGGAGAAUCCUAAUCAUCUUCUGUGGACUCAAGUUCUGGAGGGGCAGUAUUCCUCCCUCUGAGGGCAUCGGCUAAGUUAGCUCUGAAUCUCACGUUCUGUCGUAUUCUGCACACUAUGCAGAUUGCAAUCAGAAGGAGGGCAAGGUGAAACUGUGCCUGGCAGAGAAUAUAGCAUCUGUUUUUAAUUCAAACGUGCUGGCCUAGCCUUUUUAUGCUUGAAAUAGUUAUUUUUAAAAAUGAGUUAUUACCAAUCGUCUGUGCACUGCUAUGCUAUGUCCGUGCAUCGUUUUUCUAUUAUUGAUUGCAUGUCAUUUCAUCUGGGCCAGUACAAACCUUUAUCUGGAAAUCCAUUCAUAAACAGUGCUAUUCAUAGGACACAAGGUCACACAUUUAGGCUGGAAGAAAGGAGAUUCAAUCUAAGGCAAAGAAAAGGUUAUUUUACAGUAAGAGCAAUACGGAUAUGGAAUUCUCUUCCUGAAGAGGUGGUUUUGUCAGAGUCCAAAGAGAUGUUUAAGCUGCAAUUGGAUAAAUACUUGCAAAAACAUAACAUACAGGGAUAUGAUUUCUAAUUAGUGGGGUAAUAGCUGCUUGAUCCAAGGAGACAUCUGACUGCUAUUUUGGGGUCAAGAAGGAUUUUUCUUCCUAGUUUGUUGCAAAAUUGGAAGCGCUUCAGACUGGGUUUUUUGCCUUCUUUUGGAUCAAUAGCAAAAACAUGCGAGGAAGGCUGAACUUGAUGGAUGCAAGUCUCUUUUCAGCUAUGUAACUAUGUAAUAUAAAAGAAAUUGGCAAAAAUAAAUAAAUGUGCACCUAAAGGACAGCAAAGAAUCUGAAAAAAUAUAGUGGAAGCUAUUGUUGUUUUUUCUUUUUAUUGCUUACCUCUCCUGCUCUAUUCAGCUCUGUAAAAGCGUUUACAGGGGUGAAGGAAUGAAAAAUUGUCACUUCUCGGAAAGUAAGACUUCCUCUUAAAUAAGCAAUGUUGUUUAGGAAGUGGUCAAGGUGUAUGUGUUCCAGUAAUGACCUUACAAGUCAAUGUGAGCUAGGGGUCUUUUUUAGCAGUGUGUGUCAGUGUAGCGGAGAUCCCGGUACCCCACAUGGGUACCUCUGCCAAGGACCACUUCCUAGCUGGAAUAGGGGAAAACCUCAGUGUUCUGCCCCAGUCGCCGUGUCUUCAAUGGGGUGCCGUGUCCUCCUGGAGCCCCUCCAUCCUGGAACAGGAUAGGGGACUAGCUCUAUUCCUUCCCAGGGACAGGACGACACACUGUCCUGGGAUCUCUAGUCCUUACAAGGACUCUGCCUGCUGAAUCCUCCAUGAGCUGGAACAAGGUGCUAAGCAGUGAUUUUUAACCUUUCCCCUUCCAGUAACUAGACGACACAUAGUUCUUGGAGUACAACUGGUUUAAUGCAUCCAAACACAGCCUUUUUAUACACAGACCCCAGUAGGGGGUCCCCAUUGUCUUCACCACAAGCCCCUCCCAGGAAUCUCUGAGCCUGGGAGAUAAUUGCGUUAAAAACCGGCAAGCUAAUUAUUUCACAGAAACAGAGCGGCAAACACAAAAAUAUAACAACAUAAAAAUACCCCAAAAUAUCAUAAAAACAUAAAAUAACCCCAUAAAUAAUAUAUCUUUAAAUAGCCCUGAUCUGAGCUCCCAAAUUCUCCAAGUAGCGCUCAAAUCCAUGCAGUUUAGGGGAAACGCCACUGUGUUAAAGCUUUGAAAAGCCGCACAUGUGGUCCUAUGCCCAAAAUAGUUCCAGGGCGUUUGGUGCUUUUGCUGGUCAACUUUCGGUAGCUUCUACGGCCGCAAUACAGGGUGCUCCACCUGGUUCUUAGGUAGUGAUUGUUCACCUUAGUCUCAGGCACCUUCCCUCCAAAAAGUGCUCUUCUGGCGGAUUUCAAAGUGGUUGAAAGCUGCGAACCAAGUUGUCUGGGAACCGCAUGGUCACCUCAUGCCGAAAAUGGUUCCAUAACAUUCACAGCUAAGUCGUGCUGAGGUGACCAUAAACCCACAAAGUCCUCAUGCCGAAUUUAGUUCCAUAGCAGUCGCGGCUAAGUACCGCUAAGACUAUUCGUGGGUUUGGUUCAUGCGAAUGGCCCCAGAAAGCCAGCAUUCGGUUCCAUUCAUAUGAACGGAAAGUGCGGAACCAAGGACACCCAGGGAAAGCUGUUAAUGGCGGCUGGGCAGAGUAAAUCCCAAACAAUGUCCCAGACCUAGUCGGUGGGCAAGUGGCAGGUUCCUACACUCCUCCAGAAAUCCGUGGCAAACAUACGUGGGAAGGAGUGUUUGUCACAGUCAGAAGGAACACUUGAGUAAAUUUUUCAGUUUAUGUCUUCUCUUUAUGUCUCAAUGUCAGGAGAGGAAACUUUUUCCAUGAAAAUAGCCAACAUUAUUUAGGCUUCUAUAAGCUGCAGUGUUCCAGAUAUCAAAAUAUCACACACACACAGAUGUCAAACAGAUGUUAUCGCCACUUUCUUGAUCCCGUAUUGUUCAAUUAUUGUUACAUUUAUUCUGGAAGUUCCUACUGCUGAGUCAUAUGCAAGUUUGUUUUUUAGACGAAUCCAGCAUAAAAAUUUAUAGAUGUUUGUAUUUGUCUGAAAACAAUCGUGCAUGCCUAGUAUUUCUUAAUCCACUACUGUGUGUAUUUUAAUAGUUUGCAUCUUACAGGAUUAUUCUCCAAACACCAAACCUAUCUUGGCAGAUCAUUCAGUACGAAGAUUGGGAAGCAUCUUUAGCAAGCACCUUAGGAAGGACAAUGACCUUUGUAUAUAAAUUCUGUGGAAUCUGAGAAACUUUCAAGUUUAGGACGGAUAAUGCCUAUCAUGAAAGCUGUGUGAAAUAAGAAUAUGCAGAGAGACAAACCUCAGAAGAGAUCCCCUCCACAAAGCAACAAAAAUAAAUUCUGCCAUGUUCUUACAGGAUUAAUCACCAAUGUGAGAAUACAAAGUGAAUUUGCUUAGCUGGAAAAAUUGUCUCCGUCAUCUAUGCUUUCAGUUUGGCGACUUUGGCCUUACAUUUGAAAUUCACUUUGAAUUCCCACUUUAAUAAAUAACCCUAUUAGUGUAUAAUAUGUCAGUGACCACAAAGUGACCUGGUAAUGUUUUAACCCCUUAAGGACACGUGACGGAAAUAUUCAGUCAUGAUUCCCUUUUAUUCCAGAAGUUGUGUCCUUAAGGGGGUUAAAUGAACACUCGCAAGGGUUAAAAUAAUUUAGUAUAAUUUAUGUGGUGGCUGUAACAAAGACACAUUAAACACUAAGUCAUCCAUUAAAGGAACACUGUAAGGUCAGGGACACAAACAUAUAUUCCAGACACCAUAGUGUUAAACUAACGAUUUAUCCCCCCCUUACGCUCCUUACAGCUAGUAAAAGCUCACCUUACUUCCAGCCACUGGCACUGGCUCUGCCUCCGAUCCGCCUCCUUGGCUGACAUCAUCAAAAUUGAUAAUCUUAGCCAAUCACAAUGUUUUCCUAUAAGAAAGUAUUGCAUUGGCUGAUAUAAUCAAUUCUGAUGAUCUCAGCCAAGGAGGCUGGCCCUGGACAGAACCAAACGCCACCCUGGCCAAUCAGCAUCUCCUUAUAGAGAUGCAUUAAAACAAUGCAUCUCUAUGGGGAAAGUUCAGCAUCUCCAUUCAGAGCGUGUAUACUGUGUGGAAAAGUUCAGCAUCUCCGUUCAGAGCGUGUAUACUGUGUGGAAAAGUUCAGCAUCUCCGUUCAGAGCGUGUAUACUGUGUGGAAAAAUUUAGCAUCUCCAUGCAGUGCUGUACACUGGGCCAGAGUGGGUGGGGACAGUGUCCCUGUGUAGCUCUACAGCUGGCAUACAGCUUUAGAAAUCAGUGUAGUCAGGAGAUUGCUGAAUUUUUUACUUUCCAAGUUUGGCUUUGUGUAUUAAUUAAACGAUUGACUGAAUUCUGCUUAUCUAAGCUCUAUAUUGUCUUCUUUCUUGAUACUUGUAUAGGCCAUCUAUGGGAAGGAGCAUUAUUGAUGCUGGAGGUAAGUUGUUUAAUAUUUUCAAUUGUAUUUUCACAGGUGAUGAACAGAUCCAGUACUAAAUUAUAAUGAAUGUGUACAAUUUUAAAAAUAGUAUUUCAACAGGCUUCUAUAAAUUGCACUUUAUUAUAAAAGAAAAACCCAAGGGUUAAGAAAUCUUGUAUUUGUAUUAAUUAUUUGUAUUUAUACUGUGUUUUUGGAUCACUUAAUACUUGCCUGGAUGUAACAGCACUUUUGUGUACAUCGUGAACUGCAGGAAUAGUGGGUACAUAGACAGUAGGGAGACAGACUACAGUUAGGACUAUAGGAAAGGUAUGAUUAUGACCUGUGUGGCAUGGACUACCACAAAGUUAAAGAGACAGACAGACAGUAAAGAGUGAGAGACCAGAAAAUUAGCAAGAUUGAAUGUGUAGUGUGGAUUAUCAGACAGUUAGAGAGGCAGUCAGUACCGUGUGGGCUACAGGAAAGGAAGAGUGAUAGACAGUUCAGUGUGGGCUACAGGGAAGGUCGGAAGACAGACAGUACAGUGUGGGUCACAGAAAGGGUUGAGAGAUCGAGUGCCCAUUGCAAAGAACAUUAAUUGAAAAUAUUUAUGUGAGCCAGAUUGGAUGCCAGGACAGCUGUGCAUUUUAUCCACAUAUUGCUCCUUAUUAAAAGAGCUCUCUAGUAAGAAGAACUAUAUAAACACAAACUUUUUUUUUUCAAUUAGAUAUGUUCCUUAUUCUUAUAGAAUUAUAAUCCUUCCCACAGCCUUCUGACUGCAUCUCAACCCUCCUCUGGUGAUGUUGUCAAUCCUGAUGACUUUUGUUCAAUCAGAUGUUUCUCAUAGCACACACAGCACACGAGUAGUCGCCUCAGUCUGCCUGUCCUGUGCUUCUCUAUGAGAAAAUACAAUGAUUGAAGCAUUCAACGCACAUCUGUUAGAUGUAAAAGAGAAGGCUACAGGGGCAGCAUUAAUAUCCCCAAAUCACACCACUGAAAUGAAGUGAUUUUGUGCUUAGACUGUCCCUUUGAAUAUUAUUACUGUAAUAAUUUUACAGAUUAUGAUUUACAAGUGGCGAUUACAGAAGCAUUAUGCAGAAUGACAUCAGAAAAACAAAGAGGAGACCUGGCCAGCCAAUGGUUCCCCAUGGAGUUUGUGACAGAUGCAUUUAAAGCGAUCAAGGACCCUGAGUUUGAGACGGUGGGUGUUAUGAUUAAAUGUUAGACUCAAGAAGAUGAAGCAGCCUUUCGUUUAACUAUGUUUUCUUGUGGCCCAAUGAGUCCUGGAAGGUGGUUACUGUUCAAGAACACCAAUGAAACAUGAUGACUAUGGCAGUUUUACAGCAUCCUGCACUGACUAUGACCUACAAAAAAAUAUAUUUAAUGGCAAAUAAUAUCUGAUUUCCUUGCUGUUUACACAGGACUGUAGAAAAUUCCUUAAUCUGGUGAAUGGCAUGCUUGGUGACAAAAGAAGGUAUACUUGAUGCAUCAUAUAUUAUACAUGUAAUAUAAGGAAUAGAUUACUUGGCUGCUGGCAAAUUCCCACCAUGUAGGCAGCUGUUACCAUUGGUUGCUGGAAGAGAUGCCGUAUAAAACAGAUUAGUACAUCCAUAAACCGCAGGACUGAUGGGCUGGUGACCAUUAAUUCCCCAUAGUUAAUACAUGAUGGUGUCCAGGACAAACAUCACAACAUUUAUUUCAUAAAACAUAGUGGCAGCUGAUUGAAACCACUUAUUGCACAUCCAUGUCUACCUUCUGGAGCAUCCGUUAACUGUCCGGUCAGAGCUCCAAAAGAUUGAUUGUCCCCUUUAUCUCACACUUUUAAACAGUUUCUCUCUAAUUGUAAAUCCACCUACAUUAUCCAAACAUUUGUAUUUCUUAUGAAAAUGGUAUUUUCAACAUGUGUUUUAUGUUACAGGGUUUUCACCUACCCGUGUCUUUCUGCAUACCUGGACGAUCACAAGGUAACCUUACAUUUCUCCUUAAAGUUACCAAACCAACUUUAUAUUAAUGAAACCGUUUUGGUGUAUAGAUCAUGCCCCUGAAAUGUCACUGCUAACAUAGCUGCCAUUUAGGAGUUAAAUCACUUGUUUCUGUUUAUGCAGCCCUAGCCACUGUUCCCCUGGCUGUGACUGUUAGCCUGCAUGAAGAAAAAGAUUACAUUUUUAAUCAGAGGUACCAUGUUUUUCUGUGUAUAAGAUGUCACUGCAGGGGUUAAAAAAAGCAAAAAAAAAAAGGCCCAGCACACAAGUGUUUUAACAGCCAACCAAGCUAGUCACAUGUGGCUGGAGCUCCUUCAAAAAUGUAAUUACUCAGUGCAGUUUGGGCUCAAAACGUUGCUACUCGCUGACAGAACAAUCAGCUGCCUGUUGGGUUCGCUACUGCCAGGUUCCUGCGGGCAUAGGCUGUGUUGUACACCUCUUUGACCUGCUGACAUACUCUAAGCAGAGGAGGCGCUUCUCUGUUAAUUUGAUCGAUUGUGUGCACGACCGCAUGCUUCCUCACAUCACUCUGGACCACAGCAAGACCUCAUGGCUCCGGCAUACAGAUAGACGCCGCAGGUUACCGCAGGCAGAGGGCAUUGUUGCCGCCAACCGCAGGAUGGUUGUCCAGGAGAAGUGUCCAGACUUAACCGGACCUCGGAGAAUGGCCUACUGGAGCGUGAGGGUUGUCUGGGACCGGUUAGGGAUCGUGAUCAGCCAAACUGGACUUUAGUGCUAUAGAUCUUUAAAAUAUGUAUUUCUUAAUUUGGGGCUAAACAAAUAGGGGUCGUCUUAUACAUGGGGGCGCCUUAUACUCCGCUCUGCCCGUGACCAACUUCUGUCUGCUGCUCGCACCCGUACGACCAACUCGUGCUUGCAAGACUUCUCGCGGGCGGCUCCCUUCCUAUGGGAUAGCCUGCGUACCGCCAUCAGACUCUCCCCUAGUCUUCAAUCAUUUAAGAAGUGCUUUAAAACCCAUUUCUUUAGGAAAGCCUAUGGCCUCCGAGACUAACCUCUACCUCCCAUACCUGUCUCUUUCUCUCUCCUAAAGGGCAGCACUCUACUCUCUCCUCCAGCUCUGCUUCACUCCCACCUAAUUUGACUGCUUUUUCCUGUCCUAAUGUGUUUUAUACCCCACCGCCUAUAGACUGUAAGCUCAUUUGAACAGGGCCCUUUUCAACCUAUCGUUUCUGUAAGUUUUCUUGUAAUUGUCCUAUUUAUAGUUAAAUUCCCCCCGCUAAUAAUUUUGUAAAGCGCUACGGAAUCUGUUGGCGCUAUAUAAAUGGCAAUAAUAAUAAUAAUAAUAAUAAUAUACAUGGGAAAAAUACCGUAACUUACUUUUAAACCUUUUUCUCUCCUGCUCUGUAAAUUUAAUUUUAAUUACAUACAGGAGGCUCCUGCAGGGUCUAGCAAGCUAUUUACAGGGCAGGAGAUGAGACAUUCUAAAUUAAACAGAAUUUGCAAUAAAGGAAGUGUAAACAUUAGAUGACUCUUUACUUGAAGUGUUUAGGAAGGCUGUGUAAGUCAAAUGCUGGGAGGUGUGGCUAGGGAUGCAUAAACAAAGUGAUUGAACUUCUAAAUGGCAGAUAAUUGAGCAGUGAGACUGCAGGGGCAUGAUCUAUACACCAAAACUGAUAAAGUUACAUAGCUGAAAAGAGACUUGCGUCAAUCAAGUUCAGCCUUCCUAACAUAUGUAUUUGCUGUUGAUCCAAAAGAAGGAAAAAACCUAGUCUGAAGCGCUUCCAAUUUUGCAAUAAACUAGGAAAAAAAUUCUUCAUGACCCCAAAAUAGCAGUCAGAUGUCUCCUUGGAUCAAGCAGCUAUUACGCCACUAAUUAGAAAUUAUAUCCAUGUUUGUUAUGUUUUUGCAAGUAUUUAUCCAAUUGCAGUUUAAACAUGUGUAUGGGCUCUGAUAAAACCACCUCUUCAGGCAGAGAAUUCCAUAUCCUUAUUGCUCUUACUGUAAAAAAAACUUUUCUUUGCCUUAGAUGAAAUCUCCUUUCUUCCAGCCUAAAUGUGUGACCUUGUGUCCUAUGUAUAGCCCUGUUUAUGAAUAGAUUUCCGGAUAAUGGUUUGUACUGGCCCCAAAUAUAUUUGUAUAAUGUUAUAAUAUCCCCCCGAGGCGCCGUUUUUUCUAACUAAAGAGAUUUACAUUUAACGUUUCUUCGUAACUAAAAUUCUCCAUUCCUUUUAUCAAUUUUGUAGCUUGUCUCUGCUCUUUUAUAGUGCCAUGAUAUCCUUCUUUAGAACAGGUUCCUAAAAUUGCACAGCAUAUUCAAGGUGUGGUCUUACCAGUGAUUUAUAAAGAGGCAAAAUUAUAUUUUCAUCCCGAGAAUUUAUGCCCCUAUUUAUACAUGACAAAACCUUACUGGCCUUAGCAACUGCAGAUUGACAUUGCAUAUUGCUGCCUAAUUUGUUGUCUAUAACAAUUCCCAAAUCCUUCUUAUGUGUGGUUAUCCCUAAUUCACUACCAUUUAGGGUUCAAGUUGUUUGUGCAUUCUUGACCUUGAAGUGCGUUACUUUGCUUUUCUCUACGUUAAAUUUCAUCUGCCCUUUUAGUGCCCAAUCCCUCAAUCUAUUCAAAUCCCUCUGCAGCAAAGCAAUACCCUGCUCAUAUUUUAUUACACAUGGAUUUCAAUGCUUAUUUCAAGAUCAUUUAUAAAUAUGUUAAAUAGAAGCGGUCCUAAAACAGAACCCUGAGGGACACCACUUACCACUUUUAUCCAGCCUGAAAAUGUACCAUUAAUGACAACUCAUUAUACUCUAUCCUUAAGCCAAUGUUCUACCCAAGAACAAGAAUGUUCAUCUAGACCAAUUUCUUUUAGUUUGAAAACUAACCUAUUGUGAGCAUCUGUAUCAAAUGCCUUGGCAUAAUCCAAGUUGAUCACAUCCACUGCAACACCCUGAUCUAUACUUCUACUUACUUCUUUGUAGAAUGCAAUUAGGUUAGUUUAACAUGACCUAUGUUUCAUAAACCCAUGCUGAUUAUUGCUAAUAACAGAGUUCUUACCAAUGAAUUCCUGAGUAUUAUUCCUUAAUAGCCCAUCAAAUAUUUUCCCAGUCACAGAAGUUAGGCUCACAGGUCUAUUUUCCAGGCAAGGAUUUUGAAAGCUUUUUAAAUAGAGGAACGACCUCUGCAUUCCUCCAAUCCUCCUGUACAAUACCUGAGAGAAAAGAAUCUUGAAAAAUUAAAUACAGCGGUUCACUUAUUUCUCCACUUAGCUCCUUAAGUACUCCUGGGUGAAUACAGUCAGGCCCUGGAGCUUUAUUUACAUUAAUUACCAGAUUUUACUAUUUACAUGACGUAAAGUCAUGAUUUUAUUAACGACACGGAGGCGAGUAUUAUGCUGCACUCCUUCUUUAUUGCCUUCAGCAGCAAAGAAAAACUUUAACAAAGAUAUGAACACACGAAACAGUCAUUAACACAUCUUCCAUGACAACCAACAGCCAAUCAGGUUCCACUCUCCAGCAUAAUAGGCAGUAUUCCCUGAACCAUUGCCUCUUUCUUGCGAUCCCAAACUUGUACCGUCAUCCAAACGAAAAUGAAUUCCAAUAAGGGAACAAUGCCAGUGGGUGAACUUCCAAUUUAAGCUGUAAGAGAGAGUAGAGUAUGGUAAUAUCCAAGUAUAAAACUGGAUGUAUGCAUAAAUAACGCGUUAUACGUGAUUAGGCAAUAUCUACUGUAACUAGUAUUUAGUCAACAUGUAUGAGGUGAAUACAAACAUAAAUGAUCAAACCCAAUCACCUUACCCAGGUGAACCACCAAUCUGGGAAGGGUGGGAGGGAUAAUACUCGCCUCCGGGUCGUUAAUAAAAUCAUGACUUUACGUCAUGUAAAUAGUAAAAUCUGGUAUAUUUAAUAAGACAGGGAGGCUCCUAUUAUGCUGGUUUAAAGGUGUGAUAUAACUUCCAGCAAAGUGUUCGAUCGCUUUGAAGUAAAAAUCACAAAAAGUGGAUUCCGAAGACCAAUUGGCAGCUCAUAAAAUAGCUUCUAGUCGACAUCCUACCGCAGAGGCUUUUGAGGCCAUAGCUCCUUGAACCGAAUGCGAAGAGAACAUGGAAGUGUCAAUGCCUGCCAAUGUCAUAAUCCAUUUGACCCAUCUGGCCAGGGAGGGAGAGGAUACUGGAAGAUGUGGUUUGCGGACAGAGAUGAAUAACUGAGGUCUCAUGGGGUUCCAGAGCGGAGCCUUACGGAGUUCGUAUUCCCGUGGGAAUGCCACUGGGCACAAUGGAGGUUUCUGCGGAAAGGCCGGGUACAGUAUGGACUUAGAAGACGUUUUGGUCCUUCUAGAGAUAUCGAAGAGAACACCUUCUGGUGUAAAAGAUCGAGCGUCAGUGUCCAAAGUUCGUACGUCCAAGACACUUUUGCAUGAAAGGAGGCAGAAAAGCAUGACUAGUUUUGCUGACAGUUGUUUAAGUGAUAAUGAAGAAUUAUCCGGCCAUGACAUUAGAAAACAGAGGACAAGAGAAACAUCCCAGUGUGUAGAGUAACAAGGGAGCGGUGGACGAGAAAAUCGUACUCCGCGUAGUAAGCAACAGACAAAAGGGUGUCGUCCGAUGGGGGUACCAUCUGUAGCGGAGAGGUAGUAUAAUCCACAAUUUCUCCGCUGGUAGACCGAAACCGCAUACGAUAAUCCAGGUAGCAUUACAAUAAUCCCUUCCUCUCAAGAACUAGAUGACAUAUAGUCUGGGAGUCAACUGACCUUUUAUUCACUGGUCACAGUAUUUAUGCAGUUCCCCAUGCAAGGGGUUUCCAAAAUGACUUUGCAAGGGUUUUACAACAGUGGACUACGUGGGGAACUCAUGUUACAGGACAAUUUCCCAGCAUCCAUUGCUGUACUGGAGAGAUAAGGGAUAAGAAUAUACUGUUAAUCACCCUAUCUCUCCGUACACCCAAAGUUAAAUUUUUACAUUAAAUUCUGUAGUAGUCAUAAUAUUAGGGUGAAUGAGCCGAAUGACCCCUUGCUGCAUAGCUGGGAUCUGAGCGCACCAUCUGGUAAAAUACCGCUCAGAUCCCUGCAUAUUUAGACGAAAAGCCAUUCAAAUUACCCUUUUUACGUGAAUAAGCCUUGUAACGAAAUAACAUACUGAGCGCUUUCAUAUGCCGAGAUAAUUAUUUGCACGAACGGCCCGGAAGUCCAGCGGUGUUCGGUAGGUCGAGUAGCCGAUUUUAGUUCCAGGCACUCGACGACCAAACACCGCUGGGCUUUCGGGAGAAAAGAUGGCCGCCGCCACGUGUUCGACAUAUGAACAGCGGCCAUCCGCAACAUACUUAAUAAGCCGUGGUUACAUUGUUGCACCCGUUAAGGGGAGACACACCACCUCCUGUGUGUGGUCUCCCAUUCGGUAAAUAAUUAUUUUCACGAACAGGGUUGAAAUUCCCAGUUCGUGAAAUUAACCGCUGAAUGCUUGCGGCUUUCAUAUGCAUCCAGCAUGCGAAUGCUAUAUAUUAUAUACAAGUGGUAUACAGGGAAAACACAUAUGCAGACAGUUGGUAGACAACCCUAUUAAAACACUAUUAGGACAGACAGCCUUAAGUGGCUAGGUUUGUCACACCAUCGAUCCCUUGAUGUCCAGCUGAAAGCGCAGAGCGGUAGAGGUUAACCGUGCAGUACGCUUUUCCUGCUUCAAAAAGGGAGGUCAAAAAUUGUAGGAUGGGUGGCGGGGCUUGAUAGGCAACCAGCACAGACGCCAUCUCUGGAGCUCCACGAACCUCACACUAAAAAUAGGAAUUUCCCCCAAGCCCGCUGACAGUCUAGCAUUGGCUGUAGGAAACAGAGAGGCACACACUAAUGCCUUUUUUUCAGCAGACAGGCGCAAAACAAAAAUGCCGACCUCCCAAGGCCUCCCACGCGGGUGGCCCGAAAAUCAUGCCACACACCUCCGCGGCCUGGUGGUACCCGGACUGGCUCACACCAGAGCCACAACAGACACAGGCUCGGGGAUCAGAAGUGACGGGGGAAAAAAUCCUCAAUCAGCUGUCCUUUGAUCUUCGGUGUAUGUGACCAGUUUUUUGGGUUUUUUUUUUUCGUAGGCACUUGAUUUAAACUUUGCAUCUGUAGCAGACUUGAUAAAACAAAACUAAUGCUGUCAGGUCAGAUGGACCUUCAGAAUGAGCACCUGCAAUGAUAUUAACCCCUAAAGCAUCCAGACAGCGUGAAGCGAGGCUAGGCCAGUCAGCCAUGGCGGCUGGGCGAGCGUGGCAGGAUGUCGGUGAUUUGGGGGUCGGCUCUGUGGGAGGCUGGGGGAUUGGGUAGGGUUGACAGUGGGGGGGGGGGUUGAUUUCGAGCUGGGGGGGAGGGUCUCGGGGUAAAGGUUGCUACUUCCAGAGUCCCUCUGUGGGUGCCAGGAUUAUUGUAAUGCUACCUGGAUUAUCGUAUGCGGUUUCGGUCUACCAGCGGAGAAAUUGUGGAUUAUACUACCUCUCCGCUACAGAUGGUACCCCCAUCGGACGACACCCUUUUGUCUGUUGCUUACUAUGAGGUAGAGGUUUGCAUGCGCUUGGAGUGGUGGCUCGUUGUCCUUGCAAGUGGCAACUUAACCCCCGUUUGGCUGCUUGGAAGUUCGGUAGUUACCUUGAUUAUCAACACAGUAGAUUCACAGUACAUAUAACAUGGUGUAACAUGAAACCUAAGGCACUAUUUGCUGUGAAAUUAAACUGUAAAAUUAAACUUGGAUGUCUUAUCUUGUUUCAGGCAUUGUCACAGGGGUCCGCCAUCGGCCUCUUUCGCAGCACAUGUCCUGUUAGUUAGGUCAGCAGUCCAUGUGAGUUGUUGAGUCUGCUUAGUGGACGGUGCCGUUGGUUAGUUUGGCCACGGCGGGACCCUGUCUGUCUUGCCCACUUGUGUGGCUUGCAAACUCUUGUGAAGCAAGGUCCGGUGACCUUGUGGGUGUGUGAGGGGUGAGGGUAGUCCUGAAGUUCUGCUUGAUGGUCCGCCCACUGUCAGGUCUAGUCUGGGUAGGCCCAGCUGCUCCACAAAUCCCCUGGCCUCUUCCAUGCAGUGAAGUGUGAUGGUUUGGUUAUUCCUUGGUACCAUCAGUUUGAAAGGGUGCCCCCAGGAGUAUCGAAUUUGUCUCCUUGCCAGUUCCUGAGUCAGGGGCCUUAGUUCCCUCCUCUUGCUUAGGGUGCUGGGGGCCAGGUCCUGAUAGUUGUACCUGGUGUCCCUCAGUCUGUAGCAGGGUGUGUCGUGCUGCCCUCAUAAUAGCUUCCGUCACUUGGAAAUAGUGUAGCCUUACCAUUACAUCCCAUGGUUGCAUUGCGUUCGUAGAGAGGGCUCGUAGUACCCUGUGGGCUUGAUUGAGGAGGAGUUCUGCUGGUGGGGCCUCUGGGAGUAGGCUGCAAAAUGUUUCACGCAGAGUGGUGGAUAGGGUGUCCAUUUCUAUGGACUCAGGUAUGCCCCGAAUCCUGAUGUUAUUGCGCCUGGAUCUGUUAUUUAAAUCUUCCUGUGCGACUUCCAGCUGGCACAUUUGAUCUCGGAGUUCCCGGAUAGCUCGCUCGUACAUGUCAGUCUACCCGUAACGUGUAGUUCGUAUGUCUGUGAGGCGAUGUUACUACCUUUUGAAGGACUGUGUAAAGGAGAGAGCUGCUAUUGUAAGCUAAAAUUAAGCCUGCUGGAGCGGAGCUCUAACAGAAAGCCGCCAUUCGCACCUGAAGUCAGGUGCCGCCCCUCACCCUUUUAUUAUUUUUAAUCUCUUGUUUUACUUCUCUACUAAGCCACAUUGGUUUCAAUUUGUUUCUUUUAUAUUUAUUACCCAAUAGUUUCCAUUUAUCCUCCGUGUUUUGUUUUUUUUCCCACUAAGGAGUUUAUGCCAGUUAUGUUGUAGAGCUGCCCUAAUCUUAUUGAAAUUGGCUUUUUAAAAAUUACAUGUUUUAGUAUACCCCACGCGCUUUUGCUUUUUUGAGUUUAUUUAAAACAUUACCAUAUUGUGAUCACUAUUUCCCAAAUGCUUCCCUACUUGAAUGUUUGUCAAAAGAUCAACAUUGUUUGUUAUAAUGUGAUCCAGAUAAGCAUCCUUUCUUGUUGGUGCUUGUACAAGUUGUGACAUAAAGGUGUCAUUUAACACAAUCAAAAACCUGAUUCCACUUGCUGAAGUACUAGUCACUCUAUCCCAAUUUAUGUCUGGGUAAUUAAAAUCUCCAAUAAUUAACGUGUUACCCGGAUUUGCAGCUUUCCCAAUUUGCUCUAACAGCUGUUCUUCCUUAUUAAUAUUUUUACAUUAGGUGGUUUAUAACUAGUGAUGUGCCGAACGGUUCGCCGCGGACUCAUCAUUGAGUAAACUUUGACCCUGUACCUCACAGUCAGCAGACACAUUCCAGCCAAUCAGCAGCAGACCCUCCCUCCCAGGAGGCAAGCAAACUUAUCCUUUGCAGCACCUCCUCCACCCUCACCACUACGUGGAUACCUUCUCAUCCCACUCUCCUCACCGUACGCCACACUGGUAAACCGGACACACUCGCACCAUGGCACCACGAACCUCAAAAUCCAACCAAAAACCCCCUCUGAUUUCCCUUCGUUUGCCCCAAGCAGAUAUCUACCCAUAAAGCUUCCACAUUUUCCUCGUCACACUCCACAUGCCUAAAAUUUGACUAACUCAUGGUUGACAUACAAACAUACCCCACCACCCUUCUUGUUUUUCCUAUCCUUCCUAAAUAACGUGUACCCAUUUAAGUUAACUGCCCAGUCAUGUGUCUCAUCCCACCAUGUUUCUGUUAUGCCCAUUAUAUCAUAUUGUUUAGUGUAUGCUAUUACCUUUAGUUCCCCCAUUUUGUUAUAUAAGCUCCUUGCAUUAGUAAGCAUACAUUUAAUAUUUAAUAUAACCAUGAGGCAUUUGUACUUUUUGUGAAUUUUCAUGAUACAUUAAGCAAAAGUUGUUUCAGUGACUAUAGUGUCCCUUUAAUGAGAGAGAGAAAAAGUGUGUGUGUGUGUGUGUGUGUGUCCGUCCGUUCGUCUGUCAAAACAUAAAACCAAGAAAAACACAUCUGUUAUUUUUAAUGUAACCAUAGUUACAUAUAAUUGCAUGUUUUCUAGCUCCAAGCCCCAUCUGAUGAGAAAUUGGAAGAAUUCUGGAUUGAUUUCAAUGUCAGUACAGAGAGCAUGUCCUUCUAUAUUUCAGCUGAUGAUGAUGAGGUAGAAUCCAUUUUCGAAGAAUACAUUCUAAGUAUUGAAGUUCCUUACAUAAUGUUUAUAUAUUUAUUAUUUCCAAAUUAUCUUACACCUGACUUUGGCCAUUACUGUUCUUAUCACCAUACCAUGCCAUCUUUUUACUGAAUGACAGAGCUUUAAUCAUGAUUUUUCCAUAUAGUCAUAAUAUCCAGGCCUUGUGGUCAAAAUAGCUGCAUAUUCCUGCUUGUUACCAUUAGCAAAUUAUUAGUAUAUCCGGACCUUUCAUAUAUUCUCAUCCUAGCCCUGCUAAACAAAAUUUUGUUCUUCAGAUCUUGAAUUUUUGUGUUUUUUGUAAUUUCUAUGCCAUUUUUUUCUGUCCUACCUGCUUGUGUGAUCUUUCUAAUCAAUGAUUAGUUUUAAAUUCCUGUUAAAGGAUCAUCGAUGGGAGACUGUCUUCGUGACUGAAAAUGAAGUCAGCAUGUACAGCAUACAAGGUACAGCAUCUAUUGUGUUCUCUUAAAAGAUUGGAGAGAUGAGAUGCACAUGUAUAUUUUAUUAUUCUGAUCAGCCACAAGAAACCACUGACAGGUAAAGUAAAUAACAUUGAUAUAUCAUUACAAUGGCACCUGUCAAGGGGUGUGAUAUAUGAGGCAGCAAGUGAACAGUCAUUUCUUGAAUUUCAUCAGUUGGAACAAUGUAAAAUGGGCAAGCAAACUCUUAUCCUUUGCAGCACCUCCUCCACCCUCACCACUACGUGGAUACCUUCUCAUCCCACUCUCCUCACCGUACGCCACACUGGUAAACCGGACACACUCGCACCAUGGCACCACGAACCUCAAAAUCCAACCAAAAACCCUCCCCUCUGGUCAAACGACACUUUAAAAGAUACUACCUGGCUAAUUCCCCGGAACCAAAAUCCAAGGGUGUCGCUAUAUUACUUCGCAACUCAUGCCCACUAGAAGACAUUCAAACCAUCAAAGACCCCGCGGGCAGAUCCCUCUACCUCACGGAACACGUGGCCACAACUCCACUGACCGUCUGCUCACUUUACACCCCAACUGUCCCCGACACAACAUUCUGA